AUGGCGUCAGCGGCUGAGCCCCCCUCCGGGCCCCGCGAUGCUGCGGACCAGAACUUCGACUACAUGUUCAAAAUCCUCAUCAUCGGCAACAGCUCGGUGGGCAAGACCUCCUUCCUGUUCCGCUACGCCGACGACUCCUUCACGCCCGCCUUCGUCAGCACUGUGGGCAUCGACUUCAAGGUCAAGACCAUCUACCGAAACGAGAAGAGGAUCAAGCUGCAGAUCUGGGACACGGCAGGCCAGGAGCGCUAUCGGACCAUCACCACGGCCUACUACCGGGGCGCCAUGGGCUUCCUCCUCAUGUAUGACGUGGCCAACCAGGACUCCUUCACGGCCGUGCAGGACUGGGCCACCCAGAUCAAGACCUACUCGUGGGACAAUGCGCAGGUGCUCCUGGUGGGGAACAAGUGUGACCUGGAGGACGAGCGCAUGGUGGCAGCCGAGGAUGGACAGAGGCUUGCGGAUGACUUGGGGUUCGAGUUCUUUGAGGCCAGUGCCAAGGAAAACAUCAACGUGAAGCAAGUCUUCGAGCGCCUGGUGGACAUCAUCUGCGAGAAAAUGAACGAGUCCCUUGAACCCAGUGCCAGCAAUGGCAGCAACGGGAAAGGGCCCAGUCUAGGGGACAGCCCGGCGCCUCAGACAGGAGGGUGCAGCUGUUAGACAGACAGGGCCCCCCACCCUGUGCCCCAGCACCCCGCACUGGAGUUGGAGACACAAGGGCUGUUUCUAAGCUCUUGGUGAGCCCUGCUGUC